AUGUUUCACACCAAAUCUAUUCUAGCUGCUAUUAUGCUUUUUGUAUUAAUGGCUUGUGCUCAACAAGUUUCUUCUCAACUUUCUCUCAAGGCUGUGGAACAAAACUUGUUCAGAAGCCCAAGACAAAGCUGCUCAUGUAUUGCAUGUACAUGUGGGGGUGGCACUUGUCCUCAAAGUGUUGCUGCCCAUGCCUAUACUAGUUUCUCUCUAACCUGUCCUACCGGCCAAGUUGUAUCUUCCUAUAGCGUUAAUGUUCAGUCAACUGAUGGAAGCUCCUUCAAAUACUACACUGUUUCUGAAGCUGAUUUUGAAAAAUAUAAACAAGGUCUUCCUUUCAGUUACUACAAUGGUCCUUCUUCAGCAAGCUCUGUUACUUGCGUUUAUGCUGGUACAUACAGAUUAGAUCAACAAAAUGCCAAAUUUUUUGUUGAGUGCACCAACGCAAUCAUGAGUUGUCCAUUGAAGUAUAGUGUUUCUUAUGGUUGUACUACUCCUACAGGUACUGUUGUUGGUUUGGAUCUUUCUGCUCCAACAACUGUUAACAGCGGUCAAACCUUCACCACAACAGUCAGAUUACUUGACACCAGUGGAAACACAGUUUCUACUUCUGGAGAAAGUAUUUCUUUGAGUUGGGAAGGAAGUGGUACACUGGGAGGUUCAACAACUGCAACAACUUCUAAUGGUGUUGCUACAUUCUCAAAUUCUAUCACAGUUUCAUCCUCAGUUUCAGCUAAAUUGAAAGCAACCUACACUACUGGUGGAAAUACCUAUUCACAAAGUCGUGGUGUUGAUGUUCAAACUGGAUCUAACCCAGUGGAUUAUACAUCUGCUUGGGUUGGCACAUGGAAAGUUCAAGACACAUGCGAUGUCAAUUCAUGUUGUUGUUUGACAGGAAGUGUUUCUGUCACCAAGUCCAACACUAAUACUGUCUUUUUGACUGGUCCAGUGAAUGGUCAAUGUGGCUCUUCAACAAGCAUGUCUGCUCAAGUUUCAAACAUUAAUUCUGACACCACUUUGAGUGCAAUAAUCUUUAACAAUCCUUUCAUCUUGACAAGAAAUGGAAAUGAAUUGACUGUUGUCAAUCAAAAAGCAACUCAAUGCAGUGGAAGAGCUGUUAAAACAAGUGGUUCCUCCAAUAUUAAGCAAGCUUCUUUCCUAAUUGUUUGCUUGCUUGUUUUAAUUUCAUUCUUAUUCUAA